AUGAGCUCAGAAGAACCCACCGUUGACGAGAUUUUUGGUGUUCUUCGGCCGUGGGAGGCACGAUGGAGAGACCGGCAGCAGUUUUUGGAAGCUCACGGAUACAUGCUACGACCACGAUACCACCCUGGCUGGACUCCUUCAUGGGGUGGAACAGGGAAGCACCCAUUGUUUUAUGAAGACGCGAUUACACUUCCGCCUAGAGAACAUCUCAUUGAUGCCACUCGCAUAGCAGACGGGCGACUCGUCUACAUCAAGCGAGUAAAGACUGGGGACAACGAAUCAGAAAUUGCCACGAUGCUGUCCGCUGAAUCCCUCCUCCACGAUCCGAUGAAUCAUUGCGUACGCGUCCUCGAGAUUUUUCAGGAUACAGAGGACCAGAGCAUAUCUUACAUGGUUAUGCCCUUUCUUGUCCUCAUAGACAGUAUUCCCUUUGAAAUAGUUGAGAACAUCGUUGACUUCACUGAUCAGAUUCUUGAGGGACUCGUUUUCAUUCAUAACAAGGGGGUCGCUCAUCGCGAUUGCACGUACAAGAACCUCAUGAUGGAUGUGAAUGCGUUGUAUCCUCAGGGCUUCCAUCCAGUGAACGAUCUCUUUUUUCCAGAUGGCCUGACGCCUCUACCCUAUCACUCCCGUACCGACGCUCCAAUUACAUACUACUACAUCGAUUUCGGGAUAUCCGUCGUAAUACCUCCGGAUGUUCAUCCCAAAUUAGCUCUAGGGGACAACGGACGCGACCAGGAGGUCCCAGAGCUUUCUCUUACUAUUCCCUAUGACCCAUUCAAGGUCGACAGCUUUAUCAUCGGGAAUGUGCUACGACACGAAUUUCGUGACAAAUUCUCUAAUGUCGACUUUCUCAUUCCUCUGAUAGAAUCAAUGACUCGGACGGACCCGCAUGAGAGGCCAGAUGCCGCUCGCGCUCUCACGGAGUGGCAAAAUAUUCGUUGUAAAUUGGGGUAUAUGCAGAGAAGAUGGAGACUGAGACCCCGAGGAGAGACAUGGCUCUGGAAGGUCAUUUCCGACGCAGUGUCGUUCGUCGGCACUACUUUCUACCUGUGCAAGACAGUCUUUGGAUGGGUGAUCGAAAGUUCCGGAUGA